GCCCGGUGCCCGGCGGAGCGUUGCCGGGCGACGGCGGCCGCCCCGCAGCAUGGCCGGCCCCGGCCCGUGGCCGCCGGGCGCGGGAGGGUCGCGGUGGGCAGAGGAGGCUCUCGGCAUCGCGGCGGCAAGGAGGCGGCCUGCCCUCGCUGCCUUCUCCGCCUUCAGCUUCAUCCCGCCCAGACGGGAAGGGCCUCCGGAGCUCAGCUAUUUCAACCGGGCGGCCAAGAACAUGUUUUCACCUAUGACACCAUUUUUAGAAUACCAGAAGGUUACAACCAGUAUCUUCCUCGCUGUGACAGAAAAAAUGCAAAAGCUCAUGGUCUCAACAUUAAUGAGGAGUGCACCCUAUAUGGUAGGAAAGGAAUUGGAAGGAGGACGUCAUUGUGCUCAGCCUGGAGGUUUAGAAGAAAGCAUUAGCCCAUGAAGACACUUGAAUUAGCUGUUGUUCUUUGGCAUCCUGAAGAUUUCCAGGAAAUGGCAAGACCUGUUCCUGUGUUGUCAUCUUCAGAGUAUGGGAAACGUGUAAACAAGCCCUUAGAGCAGCCAACCAAAGAACAUACAAGGGCUAAUCACCUCCAUGCAGCAAUAUACGGGCAAAAGCGCGGCACUCGCUUAUUGGAAUAACCUCCAAGACUGGAUCCAUGUUAAA